GAAAAAAGAGAGAGAGAGACGAAGCCCAGUCUGUCCCUGCAAGCCUGCGCCCUGCACACUCCCACGGCGAGAACUGAAGGCGAUAUAAAACAACCAAAAACCAGUUGAGCAGUUUAGCAAGGGGCAACUCCCUUCCUGUAUCACUGGUGAGUCAUUUCUCAGCUGAGACCAGGAAGUGUAACGGGUUGAACUCUGGUAUCUGCAGGUAUGGCUGAGUUGGCGAGUUUGGUGCAGCGGCUGGAGGUGGCGGUGAAUCGCCUGGAGUCCAUGUCAGGCCCCGGUGGUGCUGGUGGUGCUGGAGAUUCAACUGGUGGAGCUGUAUCCGCAUACGUCGAGGCCUAUGAUGUAAUCGUCAACGGUCCCCUGGCUGAGUACCUCUCCCUUAGCCAGAAGAUCGGGGGUGAUGUCCAGAAACAUGCAGAAAUGAUGAAGCAAGCAUUCGCCAGUCAGAAAAAACUCCUCAUACAAGCCUCCUCCUCCCAGAAACCCUCUGAUGCAGUUUUGACGACUCUCCUGCAGCCGGUGUCCAAAGCCAUCCAGCAGGUGCAGGCGUUCCGCGAGCAGAACCGCACCUCGCCGCUCUUCAACCACCUCUCUGCCGUGAGCGAGAGCGUGCCUGCCCUCGGAUGGGUCGCCAUGGCUCCUAAGCCGUGCCCUUAUGUUAAGGAGAUGCAGGACGCCGCCAUGUUCUACACCAACCGUGUGCUCAAAGACUUCAAGGAAAAGGAUAAGACACAUGUGGACUGGGUGAAGGCCUAUGUCUCCAUCUGGACUGAGCUGCAGAACUACAUCAAACAGCACCACACCACUGGACUGACCUGGAGCAAGAGUGGUCCCAUAGCUUCAGCGUCUGCAGCUCCUCCCAGUGCUCCUGCCGGUGGUUGUCCUCCCCCUCCUCCCCCCGGACCUCCUCCUCCCCCCAUGGACCUCAGCGGAUCUUCUGGCGGCGGUGGCGAUGGCGAGCGUAACGCUUUGUUCGCCUCCAUCAACAAGGGAGCCGACAUCACCAAGGGCCUGAAGCAUGUGAGCGACAACGAGAAGACCCACAAGAACCCCAACCUGAGGAGUGGUGCUCCAGUACGUACCGGACCAAAACCCUUUGCUUCCCCGGCUCCCCGACCUGCUGCGUCUGCCGCCCCGACCCGCACCCUGCCCCCCGUGCUGGAGCUGGAUGGGAAGAAGUGGAAAGUGGAGAACCAAGAGGGAGCACAGGACCUGGUGAUCGGCGACACUGAGCUGAAACAAGUGGUUUAUGCCUACAAGUGUAACAAGAGCACCCUGCAGGUCAAGGGCAAAAUCAACUCCAUCAUCGUAGACAACUGUAAGAAAAUGGGCCUGGUGUUUGAUGAUGUCGUGGGCAUCGUAGAGAUCAUCAACUGCAAGGACGUCAAGAUCCAGGUCAUGGGUAAGGUCCCCACUAUCUCCAUCAACAAGACGGACGGUUGCCAUGUCUACCUGAGCAAAGACUCUCUGAGCUGCGAGAUCGUCAGCGCCAAAAGCUCAGAGAUGAACGUCCUGGUACCCAACAAAGACGGAGAAUUUACGGAGAUCCCAGUUCCUGAGCAGUUCAAGACCGUCUGGGACGGCAGUAAGCUUGUUACCACAGCAACAGAGAUCGCCGGAUAGACGGGGGCAGCAUGUGAAAUGGCCGCCCCUCCUCGACACCAUCCCCACCCUUUUUUUGCAAAUGCCUUCCUGACUGAUCCACCACCCCACCAGCUAACUCUCACACUGUAGACUGAGAAUUGGACCUCAUGCGUUAUAUCUCCCGCCCUCCUCCCUCUUAUCAGCCAAUCACAGCUUAAGCUGUCCCUUCCAUAAGCCAAUGAGAGGACUGCUCACUUUUAUCUGGAGCAAAAUCCUCCAGCCAAUCAGCAGGGAGCAGCUUGUCAUUCAAAUUGGGUUUUCCCUGUGAGCCAGUGAGCACUUUUUCGAAAACAUUCAUGAGUUUUGCCAAUAGCUGGGAUGCUCUGUGUAUUUUUUUAUCUACCUGGAUAAUUCUAAGCUAAAUUUAACAUGUAGAAUAGCCAAUAUGGGAACAGGGGUAUUGAUUCCUCUGCAACAAAAGCACUGCAGCCAAUCAGGAUGCUUCAGGCUGCUCUUUUACUCUUUCUCCUCUUCCUGGUCAGGAGGGGCUGGUGUGUUUGUUUUUUUUUUAAAGUUGUGGCCUGAUAGGUUUCUGUUCCAUUAUAUGCAACUCAAUGGUGAAGCACUUGUAAAAACACCAUCCUUUUACAGAGGAUAAUGGCAUCCAUAUAUCACCUCCGCUGAUGUUAACAGUAUUAACAUUCGUAGUGGAUAAUAUGAAAUAAAUGUCGGCACUCUCAGAGCACAGUAAAAAAAACGAGUUGCGUCAAAAGACCACUGUAUUUCACAUCAUGAAACUUGAUUUAAAAUAGCAGGAGAACGAUCAUUCUACGUGCUUUCCCUUAAACCCACACAUAGGACAUUCCCGAGUAUUAAAGAGAAACAUUCCAUAUAAGGAGGCGUGUAAGGAAAAAGUUUGCGAUUUAAAGAGCAAAAAGAGAUGUUGAUGGAAAGUGGAAGACAAAGAAAAGAGACUGAAGGACAUAAUCAUUGAUUGUUAAAUGCUUCACUGCAGUCUCUAGAUCUGAAAUAUCUGCUGUAAUCAUCUGUAUAGAUAUGAAUAAUUAUUGACUAGUCUUAAAACAUUAGCCCGACCAUCAGCGUCUCUCCACUCGCUCCUAGCCACGUCUGCACUCUUUGGUUAUCUUCGGCUCUUGAAGCUGUGAAGCUCUUCGCUGAAUUUUCUUUUAUAUUGUCUUUUUCUUUUACCUCUUUUUGGGUCCAAAAUCAGAAUUCAGCUCAUUAGUACUGGAGACGUCAUUAAAAAUGUUGCAAUAAAA